AUGCUGGAGGAAGUACAUGGUAUUAGGAAUGAGCUGGAAAGUGUUUUGCUGAGUGGUGCAUCGAAUGGAGGGGAAAGAAACAAGUCUCAAGACGAGAAUGAUGGUGGUAAUUUAGAAGAUAAUUUGAAGCACGAAAUAAAAAACCAAUCGAGUGAGCAAGACUCGGAUAAGAGAAUCAAUGGCUUUGCCAAGGAAGAAGAUGUAAGUGAUGAAAAGAAGAACCUUGAAUCCUCCGGUCGGGACACAAUUCCAACCGAUUCCGGUGAAGGAUCCACCGGCAGGGACACAAUUCCAACCGAUCCUGUUGAAGAAUCCACCGGCCGAGAAGCAAUCCCAACCGAUUCUGUUGAAGAAUCCACCGGCCGAGAAGCAAUCCCAACCGAUUCUGCUGAAGGAUCCACUGGCGGCGAAACGAUUCCAACCGAUUCUGUUGAAGAAUCCGUUGUUUCUUCAAGUCCCAUCCCUGUUGUCGUUUCUCAGAGUGCUCCCACUACAAGCACCAAUACCAAUGCCAAUACCAAUACCAGUGCAGCAAAUGUCAAUGCAACAGUUGAAAACUCCCGGAUAUUCAAAAAAUCGUUUGAACUGAUCUUGACCAGUAAAGAAGCUAAAAAAAACGAACAUUUCCGAAAUUUGACUCAGAAAGCACUCGAUUCACUAAAUAAUCCAGAAGAAAAAAACUCGCAGGUUUUGUUUGACGCAUUGAAAGCAUGCUGUGAAACCUCGUCGAUAGAAAUCAAAUCUAAAGCCGUUGACCUCUUUGCUAAACUUUUUGACUAUGCCCAAUUCACUGAUGAACAGGAAAAAAUCAAACUAACAAAUGCUUCGGUGAAUGUUAUAUCUGCUUGUUUCGAAGGUGAAGGAACAGACCCAGAAUUGGAACUCCAAGUGGUUAGGGCAUUAAUGCACUCAAUACUAUUAAUGCCUUGCCAUGGAGCCUCGCUAUUGCAAGCAGUAAGGCAAAUUUACAAUGUUUUCAUUUUCUCCCUCACUUCCAGAAACCAGGCAAUUGCACAAGGUAUUCUUACUCAAGUGAUUGGCACGAUUUUUACUAGAGUGCAAGAGUCAAUGUCAUCAUCUAAUAAUAACAGUUCCAUACACCUGGUGUCUCAAGAGCAGGUCUGCCUUUCCGAGAACACUGAAGAAGAAAAAUUGACUUUAACGACAUUAGAGAAGAUGAACAACUCUGAGCUUGAUUACGAUAAUGAGCGGAUUAACGAAGGGGAUAGCGAAGAAGAAACUGCAACCAAGGAUGCGUUUUUGGUUUUCAGGGCAAUGUGCAAGCUCUCCGUUAAAUCACUAGACUCCGCCACAAUUGACAUGAAAUCUCAUUCAGUGAGGUCAAAGUUGUUAUCUUUGCACAUAAUACAUACAAUCUUGAAAGAGCAUAUUGACAUAUUUUUGAGCCACGAUGUUGUGAUCAAAUCAACUAAUUCAAGUGGGAAAGUAAGAUUGAUCAAUUCGGUCAGGCAAUAUAUAAACUUGGCGUUAUCAAAAAAUGCAGCAUCGGCAUUGGCUCCAGUGUUUGAGCUUUCACUUGAGAUUUUUUGGAUUAUCAUUUCUAAUUUGAGGUCUGAGUUUAAAAGGGAAAUUCCAGUUUUCUGGGAUGAGAUUUACUUUCCGGUUGCGGAAAUGAAAUCAUCCAGUACACACCAAAAGAGGUAUUUAUUAUCCAUCAUUGAAAGGAUUUGCAAUGAUUCAAGAUGCAUCAUUGAAUUUUAUUUAAACUAUGAUUGCGACAGCAGUAUGCCAAACGUGUGUGAAAAGAUUAUAGAUUACUUAACAAAGCUUUCCUUGCAGCGAGUUGAGGUCACGUCACAGCAGAAAAAUGCCUUUAUAGAGAACAGACGCAAGGGAAUAUCUGUUUAUGAUGUAAACAAAAUCGCAAAUUUGACAAGCAGCACAAUGUCGUCAAAGCCCCCAGAACCCGAAAUCUAUAAUUCUUUCCCAAUAGAAUACGCCUUAAAGAUGACUUCUAUUAGCUGUUCAGUAGCAUUUUUACGUUCAAUGUACUCAUGGGCUCAUAAAGGUUUGGUUGGAAGUAACAAACAAAUUUUUGGUGGAAAUGCAACUAAUAGCAAUGGUUCCUUUUUAUCAUUAUCUCGAGAUCGAUCGGAUUCAAACAACACGUCGUCUGCAAAUGUGACUAGAAAUGCAUCCUUUGUGAAUGGAGAAGAUAGUAUCAAAUCUGAAACCGACAAGAUUGAACAGUUUGAAACUCAAAAGCAAAGGAAAAAAGCUUUGCUUGAAGGAAUAAGACAGUUUAAUCAAAAGCCUAGAAAAGGAGUAGAUUUUCUUAUGAAACAUGGUUUUAUCGAAAGUGAUACGCCGGAAGAUAUUGCUAAAUUUCUUCUUGAAACAGAUGGAUUGGAUAAAGCCACCAUUGGAGAAUAUCUAGGAGAAGGAGAUGAGAAGAAUAUCGCCAUUAUGCAUGCCUUUGUUAAUCAAAUGGAGUUUGAUAAAGCUGAAUUUGUGGAUGCAAUGAGGCGAUUUUUGCAAUCUUUUAGAUUACCAGGAGAAGCGCAAAAAAUUGAUAGGUUUUUGUUAAAGUUUGCCGAGAGAUACGUCAUGGGAAAUCCUGGUGUAUUUGCCAACGCUGAUACCGCCUACAUUUUAGGAUAUUCCGUAAUCAUGCUCAACACAGAUUUGCACUCUCCACAAGUGAAGAAUAGAAUGACGUUUGAGAGCUUUGUGAUGAAUAAUGCGGGCAUUGACGACGGUAAUGAUAUACCCAGGGAGACAUUGAAAACAAUAUAUGACCAAAUUUUGCACAACGAAAUCAAAUUACAGUCAGAACAACAUGCAGCAUUAUUAGCUGGAGACUUGCCAGUGACACCUAGUAGUCAAUCAAUAGGAUUCUUUGGUGGCAGAGAUUUAACCCGCGAAGCAUAUAUUUUUGCGUCAAAAGAGAUGUCUACCAAGGCUGAAAAGCUCAUGAAAAACUUGGGAAGAAAUAUGAGGCUCGAAGAUCUGAACACAAUGUACUAUGCAGCCACGAGUGUGCUACACGUGAAGUCCAUAUUUGAUACAUUAUGGAUGUCAAUUUUGGCGGGGUUGACUCCGCCCUUUAAGGAGUACGAUGAAGAGUUUGUUACAAAAGCGUGUUUGGAAGGAAUCAAACUAUCCAUUCGCAUAGCUUGCAUGUUUGACUUAAAGUAUGCAAGAGCUUCUUUCAUUGGAGCUCUUGUUCAAUUUCAGAAUUUGAAUAAUUACGAAGAGAUGAAACAAAAAAACGUCGCUGCAAUACAUAUCAUGCUUGAGUUGGCAGUAUCCGAGGGGAGCCAAUUGGGCGAGUCUUGGAUUCCAAUUUUGACUUCAAUCUCGCAAAUUGAGCGAUUGCAGUUGAUUGCCCAAGGAGUUGAUCAAAAUUCGAUACCAGAUGUGACCACGGCAAAGUUGGUUACUAGAUCUUCCGUCGAUAGUCUGAGAACAAGUGCCAGCUUUUUUGGUUCCUUUUCAUCACAAACACCUGCACAAUCUGCUUCUAAUAAGUUUCACAAUCAACAUCUUUCCCCAGAUGUGGCCAGGAUGUUUUUGAAAACCGACUUGGAAGUUGCCAUUGAUAAGGUGUUUACAAAUAGCUCGAAUCUAUCUGGUCCAAGUAUUGUAGAAUUUGUUAAAGCAUUAUCCGAAGUGGCAAAGGAAGAGAUUGAUUCUUCAGGCAAAAGUUCAAAUCCGCGAACAUUUUCGUUACAGAAAUUUGUGGAUAUUUGCUAUUAUAACAUGGACAGGAUACGGUUAGAGUGGUCACAACUAUGGGCUAUUAUGGGAGAAACAUUCUACGAGCUCGGUUGCCACCCCAACACUUCCAUUCUGUUUUUUGCAUUAGACUCAUUGCGACAGCUCUCAAUGAGAUUUUUGGAGAUUGAUGAAUUGGCGCACUUCAAAUUCCAAAAGGAGUUUUUGAAGCCGUUUGAAUACGUUAUAAUUCACAACAACUCCCUUGAAGUUAAGGAUAUGGUUUUGGAGUGCAUGAAUAAUAUGAUAAUGGCAAGGGCCAGCCAAAUCAAAUCAGGUUGGAAGACUAUUUUCAACGUUUGCACUGCUGCGGCCAAGGAAUAUAAAGAAUCCCUAGUGUUGAAGUCAUACAAAAUGGCGAUUUGGAUCAAUAAAGAAUAUAUAGAGGAGGUUCGAAAACAGGACUCCUUUUCUGACCUAGUGGUCUGCUUCACAACAUUGGCCAAGAAUGAGAAGUUUCAACGAUUAAGUUUAUUGUCAUUGGAUGUUUUGUCUCGAUUGAUAUAUGAGAUUGCACAGUAUAGUUUUUCUAACGAAAAAGACAAAAAUGUACAAAGUUCAGAGAAAGAAGAUCAUAUGCAGAAGCUUUGGUUCCCAGUAUUAUUUGGAUUUCACGAUAUAAUUAUGACAGGUGAAGACUUGGAGGUGAGAUCAAAGGCAUUAAACAGUUUAUUCGAGCUACUUCUGAAGUACGGAAAGUACUUUGAUCGAGAGUUUUGGAAUUUGAUAUUUCACGAUUUAUUGUUUCCCAUCUUCAGUAUCUUGAGUAACCAUUGGGAAUUGAGUUUGGAUGGCUUAAAUGACAAGUUAUCAGUAUGGUUAUCAACAACCUUGAUUCAGGCAUUAAAAAGUAUGAUCAGUAUGUUCACACAUUACUUUGAUGCUUUGAAUCAUUUACUAGUCGAAUACUUGAAAUUAAUAACAUCUUGUAUCUGUCAAGAAAAUGACACCAUUGCAAGGAUUGGGCGCGAGUGCUUGUGCAUCUUGCUAAUUGAUAAUUCGCAUAAGUUUGAAACGAAGCAUUGGGGUGAAAUUGUAGAUGCAUUCGCCACCUUAUUUGAUCUUACUACAGCAAAGGAGUUGUUCUUAUUGGAUCCAUCACGAGAAAAUGAACAAGAGAGUGAAAAAGAAGAAGGAGAAGAAGAAGAAGAAGAAGAAGAUGCAGAGAUUGAGAAUGGCAACGAGAAUGAGGAGGAGGAGGGGGAGAAAAAGAAGAAAAAGGAUAAUAAGAAGGACAUGUUUUCUAAACUGCAGAAACUGGUUGUCGAUGAAAAUGAACAGCGCUUGAAGAAAUCGAAAGAGAAGUCAUCCAUAGUUGUGAAGAGUGUUUUGCAAUUGCUAUUGAUUCAAACUUUAUCUGAGCUAUUUGAACAAGAUGAUCUCUAUGAAAGUAUACCAUACGAAUACUUGAUAAAAAUGGCCCAAUUGUUAUUCAAAUCGUACGAAUUUGCCAAAACGUUCAAUGACAACUACGAGUUAAGAGUGCGCUUAUGGAAUGCAGGCGUCAUAGAGAGAUUGCCCAAUUUGUUGAAGCAGGAGUCGUCUUCUUCAGCUGUGUUUAUCAGCAUUAUGUUUAGAAUGUACUGUGAUGACGACAAAACCCAGAGAGAAGAUAAAGAAACUAUUUUAGGAUACUUGAACCCCUUGUGCACAAGCAUCACCAACCGAUAUUGCGAUUUUGACGAGACAAACCAGCAACGGAAUGUAAACACCUGGAAACCUGUAAUUAUAGAGAUUUACGAAGGAUAUGUUGAGUUAGAUGAGGAGGACUUUAAGAGAUUCGGUCCUAAUAUGUACAAGUUGGUUUUGAGAUUGCUCAAUAGGAGUAUGACCACUGACUUGAGGACUGCUCUACGCUCAUUUUUGACAAGAAUUGGAGAAGACUUUGUAAAAUCUUAA